AUGGGAGGUACCGGCCAUUCGUCUGCUUCUCCCGCUGUCGGUCCCGAUGGUUUGGGACAAGUCAAAAAGCGCACCGUCGCCAUGGCGGGGCUGGAAAGCUCCCCUGGCAGUGUCGAUGAUAUCGAGGACAAUGAUCAGCGGGAGGAGAAGAAGAGGCAGCCUGUGAAGCGAGCGUGCAACGAAUGUCGACAACAAAAGCUUCGAUGUGAUGUGGUUCAAGACCCAUGGACAGACUGUUCACGAUGCCGUCGCUUGAAGCUCGAGUGCAAGAUCGAGUCCAACUUCAAACGCGUUGGAAAGAGGAGUCGGAAUGCCGAGAUGGAACGGGAGAUUAUCGAGUUACGAAAGCAGAUUGCCAACGUGCAAGCCAACCCUGCUGCCAUGACCCCUCAGCAACAUGCGCCUUCUCUUCACUCCGCACAUGUCACUCCGAAACAAGAGUCGAGUCAUGUCAGCCCUGCGGGUGUAUAUCACACACCUUCCGCCAUAUCAUCCGAUCAAUAUAUGGGCUCUCACGAGGCUGUUGCAUCUCUACUUGACUUGCGCUCCGGCUUUGAUGGCUCGAACUACAUGAGGAAUGGGAAUCUGUUCAAGCGAAUUGAAGAUGUGGUGGUUGCGCCGGAGAAAGUGACCGAGCUAUUUGACCUGUUUUUCAUGUUCUAUCAUCCCUUUCUUCCGUUCCUUGACCGACAACGUUCGCCAGAUGACUACUACAGCGUAUCGCCAUUACUGUUCUGGACUAUCAUCAGCGUUGGAGCUCGGCGGUACCAGACAGAUACCCAUCUGCUCAACUCGCUGGCUGGCCCAGUCACGCGACUGGUAUGGAGUACGUUGGCGGAUAUACCCCAGAGCUACCACGUUGUGAAGGCGCUGUGUCUGCUCUGCUCGUGGCCGUUCCCUACCAGCAGUACCUCGACGGAUCCUACCUUUAUGUUAUGCGGUAUGAUGAUGCAAGUUGCCAUGCAGCUUGGCUUGCACCGACCGUCUCAUACCCAGGACUUUAGCAAGUUCCGAGUAGAACUCAUCGAGGAGGAGCUCAGGGACAAGGUGAGGACGUGGGCCAUCUGUAAUGUUGUCGCACAGCGUGUUGCAACGGGAUAUGGUCAGCCGCCAUCUACUCUGUACGACUGGACGCUAUCAGCGAGCGGGUCGGUGGAUCCGAAUUUCAAGUUGCCCGAGGAUAUUAGACGCAGACUCGAUAUCGAAAUCUUCUGCGACAAGGUCACGAAGACGCUCUACACCAACCGGCGGGACCCUGUUGGCCUAUGCAGUGACCAAGAGAGAUCUACGCUGAUAACUUUUCUGUCGCGGGAUUUUGAUGAACUCGAGGACCAAGUCAAGUCGAGGACUGACGCGAUAACCGACCUCUUUCUGCGUGCUGCCAAUCUCCAUCUUCACCUGUCAGCAUUCUUUGACGAUCCUAGAGCCAAAGACUAUCGAGAACGUCUUCUGUCUCUCUACGUCGCAACCACGUCGUUCCUCGAGGCAGCUAUGACUCUGGAGACGGAGGUUGGCCCAGUCCUAUCCUAUACGCCCUACUACGUGUACCAGAUGAUGGUUGCUGGAGCCUGCACACUUCUCAAGCUCUGCAAGAGUUUCUUUGCAGCGCAUAUGGAUAUGGACUACACCAAGAGUCUUUUCAACCGAACCAUCUGGGCGAUUCGGGGUGUAUCGGUGUCCAGCAACGACCUCCCCGAACGGUUGGCGGAAGUCUUGGCCCAAAUGUGGCGAAUGGGCGGUACCCAGCAACAGAAACCAUCCGCUACUAGUGCCGAGGUGGAUGAUACCUUGAUGCUCAAGGUCCGCUGCCGCAUGAGCAUGUCGCUUUUGUUUGAUUCUGUCUGGCGAUGGCGAGAAGACGCACAGACCAAAGGCCGUAAUAUCGAAGCCUACCUCAAAAAUCCGACAAACCCCGACUCGAACGCGGAAUCUUCAGCAUCGUCAACCGCAGCGCCCGCAGGGCGCACCUCGUCCUCCACUCCCGGCCUCCCGGCUGACCCAAGUCUCGCGCCUGCUCCCAUGCUCGCACAAGGCAGUCUGGGAGUUCCGCCCGCCAGUGGAGUAGCCAAUCUCCCCAGCGGAUUCCUCGAGCCCAACUACGAGGUCUUUGAUCCUUUGAACUGGCUCCUGGACGGCCUCGUCGACCUCCCAUACUCCUACUCCGCAAUGUCAGGGAUGGAGCCACAAACUAUCGCCUGA